CUGUCCAUUCAAGGUACAUGCUUUUUCCCUAAGGAAACUGGACCGUGUAAAGCCAAGAUCAGUAGAUAUUACUACAACCACCGCACCGGAAAAUGCGAAAAGAUCUAUUACGGAGGUUGCAUGGGAAACGUAAACAACUUUAAAAGAAUUCGACAGUGUGACAAAACCUGCCCUUGUAACUGAAGUUGUUCAAGAUAAUUUUGGUAUCAUCAACAUAGUUAAUAAUGUAAAUUUGCCACCGUAAAGAGUUUCAAAGCUGAUGUUUCGAGCGAUAGCCCCUCUUCAGAGCGAAUGAUUGCUUGCAGGUCAUUGUCUGGUUGUACGAAAACAAUGAGCCUCAAUAAUAACUAUUAUAAUCGGUACAAGCCACACGUACAAAAAAAAAAUAAAAAAUAGGUAGUAUGAAGGCCAAAAUAAUGCAUUUCAAUAGAAAGCCAUAAUUAAUUUUGCCUUGCGUUUGUUAGCCUCGCCAUGGUACAUGUAGAUUUUGUUGUCAUUUUGUUUGUUCAGCUGUUAAACCAAAGUCAAUUUGCCACCGGCCGAAAAAAGAAGGACCAUGCAGGGCCCGGAUCCCUCGAUAUUUUUACAACAAGCGCACUAAAAGAUGUAAGAAGUUUUAUUUUGGUGGAUGUCGCGGUAACCAGAACAAUUUCAAGAAACUUAAGGAGUGCAGGAGCGUUUGU